AUGUCUCUGAUAGGGUCAUCUGUCGCACAGUCUGGUGUUUGUAUAUCAGUUGAACGCUCUAAUGUGCAUCUUGAUGCGGUGCUUCAGGCGAAUGAUCGAGUUUCCCUCCACCCCAGACUGCAAAAGCUGUUCUCUGCCGACUUGGGUGCUUGUCAAGAGGAUCGCAUUGACAAUGCAAUCCAGGACACAAAAGACGGCACCGCUGCUGCCAUCAAGUUGCCAGAGCCAGCCCUUGAAAGUGUCGGUGUUCGCCCAAAAUGGAAUCCUGAUUCAUCCCUUCUGCAACGAUUGAAAUGGUCGACCAAAGCCUCAUCUGGGACGACAGAUCAUUCGCAGCAGUUAUCACUUGUCAGUCGGCCUCUGAAUGAUGCCAUGGAGACCCUAUAUACGUGCGAACAACGUAAAUCACCGAGUCCAGAAUUAUCUUUCGAGCUCAGCGAAUUCCUGAACCGAAGAAGACGUCCUGCGACAGAUCAUAGCCCCCACUCUCUUGGUGGACCGUCAGGUUGUCGUGACAAUGACAAUCAGCGGGAUGUCCAUAGCGGAUCCAAACAAGCAGCUGAACCGCGUCUCCAAGUUCGGCCCUCUGAGCAUCCUCGUACGAUGGAGACAGGUACAGUUCAGUUGCGCAAGAUAAACAGUUUGGGGACAAUCAACAAUGGAUAUGCGUCACACACAGAUUAUCUACAACGGGUUGGUCGAGCGCUUGACUGCGAAGCAGCCACGGGAAAAGCACUGACCGACUUACACAAGAGCUUGGACUGUCGACUAAGUUUGGAAGUCGAGGCUGCUGAGAUCUGGCGACACAACACCGAAACUGCCCUCGCGACAACACAGAAUUGUAUCUACCGGGAGCAAAGCGCGAAAGGCGAGGAGGAGCACCAGUCUAUAAUCAACAGUGGCGAAUACCGUGAAACAUCCUCAACAUCAACGGAGGUUUUCAGUGACGAUCAACCCGCGGUAUCUACCGAUGAGUGUCCUGUUACGCAACGACAAGAGAUUGAUGCCUCGAGAUUGAAGUUGAUGUCAACGAGAGUAACCCAUACGAUAUCUAGCCCGUCGAGCCCUCUCGCACAUCCAAGCCCCACCGUAAAUCACCUGCCAUAUAAAGUCCCUCGCCGAAAGCCCUUACCGACCAUGGCAUCUUUUUCUUCAUCACAGAGCACAGUCGGGGCCCUUUCGUCUGCGAAUGGCUGGAAUUCAGCUGGGACAGAAGAUAGCCAUUUUAUGCACAAUCCCAGAACACAGUCUUCCUUUCAAGACGCAGACAAGCAUGUCGUUCCCCCGGCUGAGGAGACCAUGAGACCGAUGGCUCACCAUGAUGCCUCUGCGCCACACCCCUCCUUUGAACAAUAUUCAGCAUUGAAGGGCAGCGGUUCAACGGUAUCUGUUUCCAUCGUCUCUGCGCCAACAUAUCACAUGACGAGGGGCCGAGCAUGGCUGGAGCGAAGAGCGCAGGAUCAGGUAUGA